AAAGAAAACUCGAGUAGUAUCGAUUUAUACGCACGGCUAUAGAAACCAUUAUAAAACUAAAACAUUCCGUCUUUUUUUUGGAUUAAGUUUUUUGAAAAAAAAAGCAUUGUAAACUACUAUGUAUUACAGUGCAGUUAAAGUAUUAAUUGUCACUAAAAUGGUCAUAUAUUUCUUAUACUUCCUUUUUAUUGCAUCCAUUUGUAGUGUUGAUCAAAUAUUAUGUGUAAAUUUAAACGAAUAUCUUGAUCAACAGUCGAAAUUUUUGGAAGAGCAACUUUUGCAAACAAGACGGACUUUCAAUAAAAGAGAUUCUAGUAAUAUAGCUAUAGAAAACUUUGAGGAAAAUAUUACUGGAAUACAUGACUAUAUAAGAAUGUUUUCAUACUUGAAUUCAACCUAUGUGCUUACCAAGCAAGAUUUAUAUGAAAUAUCUAGUAAAAAAUUGUUAUUGGUACCACAGAAUCAAACUUUCGAUAAAAUCCGGGACAGUGAAAAAAUAACAUUCAUGAAAGAUAUAAUGUUUGAUAACUUCAGUUUUAUAAUAAUUAAAUCUGAAAUAAUGGGAGAAGCGUAUGUGUAUAUAUCUAACAAAACUACUAAAUUCAGUCUGAUACAAAAUCUCUUCAUUCCUGAUGCCACUGAUGCACAUUUUUUCAUUAAUAAUCGAAAUUUGUUCUUAAUUGUGGCUAAUAACAAAGGAGAUAACCUGGCAGUCACAUCGAUAUAUAAGUGGCUGGGGUUUCAUUUUGAUGAAAUCCAAACAGUUUUUACGACUGGAGCGAUAAAACUUGGAUCUUUUACUACUCGUACUGCUGAAAUUAUUAUAAUUCUACAAGAUUUAUCUGACAGAACAGUGCCUUCAUUCGUAUACCAAUUUAUUAAUGAGAAAAUUACCAAAUUACAACAUCUAAGAACCAUCAAUCCAAUACAGUUGGAUAUUUAUGGUAAUACAAAUGAAAGUUACGUCAUCAUUUAUAGCAAAUCUAAAAUCAAUACAGUUUAUCGCUGGAAUGAUUUGGAGUACACGCCAGUUUCUAGAUUUAAAACAGAAAAUGACGUUCAAAUGUCCAAAGUAGUCAAAGUUAACAAAACUUAUUUAAUAAUAAUACCGACUAAAGAAAAUAUACAAAUAUACAGUUUGAAUUUCGGUGAAAUUAAACUGGAAGUCCAACGUCCAUAUCCUUCGAACUUCUCCGAAAUUCUGGACAUUCACAAAGGAAUGUCAAAAAGUAUUUACGUAGUAGGACUAAAUAACGAUUUAGAAAUUAAAAUAGAUAGUUUUUAUAUAUUUCCAAUAAACUCCGAAUCUCAAAAAACUGAUAUUUCCAAAUCAGAAGAACAUAUAAGAGAGUGCUUUAAAAAUUUUGAACUUAUGGUAGUUACUAAAAACGAUAAUUUGAAAGAGAAUUCAGAACACGUUUUACUAGAAAACUUGUAUAAAAACGGUACUAUUCAAGCUGAAAGUUUAAGCAAGAAUGAGGUGCAGAACUUAGAUACUGCUAUAAAACAACUUAAAGUAAAAUUAAGUCAUCUCAAACUGCUGGCAGACCCUGAGAAUCUGGUAAUUGAUGAAGACACUACAAUCAAAGGUCAAGUAUAUGCUAAAAAUCUAAAGGCAAGAAAUAUCAUCUUGAAUUUGGUAAAUAAAGAAAAAUGGGCUCCUGGUCAAUGGCUUAAAUACGAUGAACCACAGGUUAUAACUGGAAAAGCUAAAUUCAAAACACUCAUUACAGAUCACUUAGAUACCAAUGAUGAGACAUUUAAAGAUUUAUUACUUAAAAAUGGGAGUCAAGUAUUCACUGAAGCGCUAAAAAUAAAAAAUCUUACAGCCUACGCAAUGUUUGCUGCUAAUAUCAAUAAUGUUACAAUGGAAGAUGUAUACUUGAAAAGCAGCCCUGUUAAAAUUAGGGGUGUCAAACUAUUUAAGACAUUAAAUGUUGAGGAGGCAAGAGUGGCUUCCCUAAACGAGGAAGCCCCUGAUGUGAUAUUAUCCACUAUAGUAAAGUCAACUGAGACUUCUUCAAUGGAUUUCAAUGCAAAUAACAUUGAAAUAAAUCACUUAAUCGUUGAUACCAUUAACAAUGUAUCUUGGAAUGAAUUCAAAAAUUCCGUAUUCAGAAUUAAUCAGACAACUGAAAUUACAGGCUAUUUAAACUUCACCACUUUGAGAACAGCGAAGCUCAGGACCAAUAAAUUGAAAAAUAUUGAUGUUAAUAAAAUUUUCACGACAUCUACAGAUCAAAAUAUCACAGCACAUGUGGAGAUACACAAGAUAUUAGUGGAAAAUAUCACAGCUGAUCGUAUAAAUAAUAUAAAGUUUGAUGAAAACAAUUUAUUACUAAUAAACAAGUCAGAUCUUAACACAGGAUCAGUAACAUUUAAUAGAGUGGUCGUUAGACAUGACUUGAAUGUCACAGGUCAGUUAAAUAAUUCUUUGUUCAUGAAAAAUGGCGAUCAUGUAUUUGGUACAAAAGAAUCUGAUUUAUCACAAACAUAUAUCGGCAAAGUAGUAAUUAACAAUGAUUUAUAUUUAGAAGAGUUGAAUGUUUUGCAUACAACGAAACUUAUUGUAUCUGACACCGAAGUUAACCCCAAUUUAACAAAGGUGUACUGGAGUAAAAGUAGAGAACAGGAGAUUCCAGUCCCAGUGAAUUUCGUGAAUGGACUUUCCAUACCUCAUUUAACAGUAGAAACUUUAAAUGAUAUCAGAAUCGAUAACUUCCUUUUAAACGAUAACAAAACUAAAAAGAAAACUGACUUUGCUUUUGAAAGCGUUACAGUUUUAGGUAACGUUACACUACAAAAUGAUACGCAACAUACGGCUAAUUUGAAGAAAAUUUCAGAAGAAUAUUUUAAAAAGAUAGGAAGCUUAAGAAUUCAAGGAAAAAAAGUGUUCGUCGGUACACUUAAGAUUGAUAAUCUAGAAGUAUCGCAGCUAGAAGGGAUAAAUGUAUCCCAAACUUUAAACAGUAAACAGCCAAAAAAUAUUACUGCAACAAAAAUAUUUGAGCAUUUGAUUGUGGAGAACAGUGCUAAAUCAGAUUUCGAAAAUGUCAACACUAUAAACGCAGUCCCUUUACAGACAAUUGGUGAAAAAUUUAUUUUUAUUGACGAGCCAAAUAAUAUUAACAUGUUGAACUUCGAGCAUAUCAAAGUUAACAAUUUAUACGUGAUAAAUAUUAAUGGUCGACCACUACAAGACUAUUACUCUCUUAACAAAGCUAUAGAUAAUACCUCUGUACUACAAAACUUAACAAUAGAAGGUAAUAUUAGUAUUGGACAUCUUCUAAAUAUGUCUUCACUGCAAAAUAUUCCGUGUGAUGAAUUAUCUAAAAAUGCAUUGCAUAAGGGAGAGUACGGGAUCAAAGGCGACGUAAAAUUUACACGCAACAUUAUGGUUAACAAUUUGGUUACUUCUUUUGUCAACGAUAUUAACCUGAAAACUCUUAUUACAAGAAUCUUAAUAAGAAAUACUAAUCAAAAUAUUACCGCAACUUAUAAUUUUACAAACAUUAAAACAGAAAAUUUGGUGACACCAAAAAUAAACAACGCUGAUGUUGAAAACUUGAUAGACAUUUAUACUACCUCUCCACAGAAGAUUAUACUGCCGAAUGGUUCGUUAUUUUCAGAUGUAGUAUUUAAAUCUAUUAAAGCGUCAAAAAUCUCACCUUGCAGUAUAGAAGCAAUAAAAAAUGAAUUGACUGAUCCACAGACUAAAGAAUGGGCUGAAAUUGAAAUUAAAGGAGAUGUUACUUUACUCGAUGGAGAGAGUUUAUUGUAUAAAAUAUUUGAAAAGUCAGUCAGAAUAAGUACUCGAAACGUUAUACAUGCUCCGGUAAACUUUACUUCUAAUGUAAUGGUGAAGAAUCUUAACUCAGUUAAGCUUAUAAACGGUAUUAAUAUAGCGGAAUUAUUAGAAGAUGCUGUUCUCUCAGAAUCGGACAAACCGCAGAUAAUCAAUGGCAUAAAAUGGUUUCUGACUUUACAUACAAAAAACGCUUUCAUUUUAGACAAUUUAGAAACCACUUACUUGAAUGAUGAAAAAAUUGCUGAGAUCAAUGAAAUUAUUGUCGAUAAAGAUAGCAAAAACAAAACUAUUCGAGGAUUGAAAACAUUUUUUGGUGGUGUACAAACUAAUAAAUUUAAUAGUGAUCAUAUAUCCAAAAUUAGUACUGAAAGUUUAGUGAAUUUAGACAACCUGAAACCAAUACCUGAAGCCAUAUGUGAAAGACUUGAAGUUAAUAAUAAUUUGAAUAUCACUUUUUAUGGCAAUAUAAAUUUCACUGACGUUAUGAUUAAUAGACUAAGGACCGAUGGUGAAGAACAAAUAGCCAAUGGAAUUUACUAUUUUCAGAAUUUAGAAGUACAAAAUCUGUCAACACCCUCUAUCAACGACAUAAACAUUGGUGAAGUUGUUUUUGAUGAGGGCACUCAAGAUAUUUUUGGAACUAAACAUUUCUUUCAACCUGUUGAAAUUAUGGGAAAUGCUUCUAUCGAUUUAAUUAAUGGGGUAAAUCUAACAGACCGUUUUGAUAAAACAAUAUCAAAUGAGGUACCAGUUAACAUCACUGGUAGUGUUACUAUUCUUAAGCCGACAAGAGGAUAUGGUACAAUCAAGACAGAAUCAAUCAAUGGUCACUCUGUAUCUGAAAUUAAAAAUGUAUUAGCUUCAAAUGAUAAGCACAUUGAAACUGACGAAAUUUUCAAGAUUAAAACAGUCUUAAUCGAAAAAAUUAAAAACUCACUUCGUAUGGUAGAAAGACUACCUGAGGAAUUAAUGUAUUUAGAAAUAUCCAAGAUUUUACAAAUAACAGUACCAAAUGUAGUCGGAGCAUCCUCUGUAACCACUAACGAAAAUGUAUUAAUUCAUGUGAAUGGAUAUGAGACUGGGAUAUAUUGUGGAUUGCCCAACACUUGUACAUGUCCUUCACAGUAUUCCAUUGAAAUAUCGUCACAGUUCUCAGUCAACAUAUUUCCAAAUAAAGGUUUCCAAAGAAUUUUCACAUAUGAUGAUGAAAAAAGCGUAGUUAAUAUUUUGACUAACAGUAUCAGUACAAGCUCCAUUUGUAGAAGUAAUAAGUCAAAAUUAAUGAACGAGGUGUCAAUGGUAACAUGGACUAAAAAAACCGAAAGAAACAUUCCAGGAGUUUUCUAUCAAUAUGAUAAAUUUUUAAGUGGAUACAUAAGCAAGGUGAACUUUUUCAGUUUAAACGGAAAAAGUUACGCCGUCAUUGGACGAUAUUACGAUCCAGUUGUUGAUAGUUAUAAUCUAGAUUGCACUGUUAUGAGAUUUGAUGAAAAUAGACUAACAGCCACAGAUAUACAAAGGAUACCAACGAAAGGGGUUCAAGAAUUAUAUGUAUUUCAUACAGCACAAGGGGUGCUACUUGUAAUUGGAAAUCGAAUACCAACUGAUAUAUAUCACGAGUAUGAUGACACUAAAAUUUAUAGGUUCAAUACAGGCACAGAGCAGUUUACAGAAUUACGAACGAUACCUUCAUUUGGAUGUUCGAUGGUAACAGGAAUAGUUGCAGGCGCCGACAGCUUGAUAGCUCUAGCUCAUAAUGAAGCUCCAGUACAAGUUUUGAAGUACUAUCCUGAGUUCGAUAAUUAUUAUUUUUAUCAAAGCUUCCCGCUGGAGGAUCAAGUCAUAGCAGUAUCCUCAUUUUAUACCGGAGGUUUUGGUAUCAGCGACGCCUAUCUAUGCAUAGUCACUUCGAAUGAGCAGUACUACAUCUAUUCUUACCAAUUUAUAGAAGGCUUCAAAUUGAAAUUGAAUGGACAACUAGAAGGUUUGAAAAACCUUAUUCCUAUUCAAAUCAAAACACAAAUGUACCUGUUUGCACCUUCAGCUAAAAAUAGUUCUUUACUUACUGUUGUCAAAAAUGGAUCAAACUAGUGUUAAUUAAGUUAUGUGUAUAAAUAUUUUAAAUGAUUUAUUGUGUUCGUGAAAUUUAGAAAGGACAUGCAUAUACAUAAUCAAUAGCAAAAGAAAAAAUUUUAGAAAUUGAUCUACAUAAAAGCAUGAAUAAAAUAAAUAUAUGUUACUUUUCAAAGCUUCUAUUAAUAGGAGUAUACGUAAAUAUUAUCUAAAUAUAACCUUUAAAAUGUUAAUAUUCCAAAGAAAAUGAUAUUAAAAUUUUCGUUGAGACUGUUUUUACAAGAUC